UUUCCCCUUAAUAUUUGAGGUUAGAUUGUUUACGCGUUUCUUUUCGAGGCUUUCGAAGUUUUCAAUAUUUUUGUAAAUGUCAGUGUAAAAAUGAAGAAUCAAACUCAAAAUAGUGAUAAAAAACAAAAACGAGUGAAAUCGUCAAGGCAGAAAAAAGUUAAUUUAGUUUUUGAUGAAGAAAAACGAAGGCAAUUUCUUGGUGGUUUUCGUAAAAGAAAAUUACAACGACAGAAAAAGGCGCAGGAAGAAUUGCAACAACAAUUAAAAGAAGAAAAAAAGAGAAUCAAGAAAAAUGCCAAAGACAGUUACAAAAAAUGGAUUUCUUAUCGAGCUGUACCAGAAUUAGAGGAACUUUUAGCAAAAAAAGAAUAUGAAGAGGAAGGACACACUGUGAGCAUUUUAGAAUUAAAAGUUUCCGAUUUGGAGCAACAAAGCAGUUUAAUUGGAGAGAAUAUAGUGAAAUAUGAUGAUGACGAUGAUGAUGAGAACAAGAAUGGAAAAAAUGAAGAAAGUGAUGAUAAUUGUAAUAGUAAUGAAGUUCCUGGUAUGGAAAUUGUAAGAAAACCUUUAAAAAAGAAAAAAAUCGAAAAAGAAUUACCAGAGAAAAAACCAACGGAAUCUGGUAAAAAUAUCAAGAAAGCAAUAAAACGAAUUGCAACCAAGGAAGUGCAAAAGAGUAAAGCAUUUCAACAAAAACAAAAAAUGGAGCAUUUAAAAAAUAAAAAGAAAAUGAGGCAAAAGGUUAAGAAUCAGAAUAAAUUGAAAAAGAAGGAUAGCCGAAAUAAACGAAGUGCGUGAUUUUUCUUUUUUUUAAUUCUAAUUUUUAAGAACGUGAAAAAUAUUUAUAAAAAAUAUUUUUGUAAAUAAACUCGAAAUCUAUAGAAAUUAUUACACUUUUAACUAUACAAAACAUUAAAAUUUGUAAAAAGAAGGUUAGUUUAAAUAAAAAAUUAUAACGAUUAAA